UGCUGCUGCUGCUGAUGAUGAUGAUGAUGCUGAUGAUGAUGGUGACGAUAUUGAUUAUAACGAUGAAGUAAAAGUAGGCGGGGCUGGAGGGAGUGAAGCAUCAGAAGAAGACGAACCAGUCUAAAGAGGAUGAGACAGAAGGAGAUUAGGAGAAGACGAGAAGGAGGAAGAGGAGGUGUGAAAGAAAACGACAGCUGCAAGACAGCAAGAAGAGAAAGAUCGAGAAAGCAGAAAAGGAAAUAAGAAAGUAGCCCAGCUUUUGCGCUCCAUCAGCUCAUUCACGCAAGAGGAAACGAGAGAAAGGCUGCCACGGUAAGCGGCCCACCUGCGGCAUGCCAGCCAGCCAGCGACGCCCCACAGCUCCGAGCAGCCCGUGACCUCGAAGCGACACCCCGAGGACCUCCUCAUGGACGGCCUCAAGCGCCUGCCGCUCCUGCUCCUCUUGGCCACGUCGGCUCGAUGCCAAUUUGACGCCUGUCGCCGGGGGGCGGGCACCGGAUGGGAGGACUCCGCCUGCCAGCCGCCAGCCGCCAACAUGAAAGAAGCCAUGCAGAUACGAGUGGAGCCGCCGGGAGUCACCUGCGGCGACCCGCCCGAGCGAUUCUGCACUCUGGAAAACCCAUACCUCUGCAGCGACGAGUGCGACGCCUCCAGUCCGGACCUGUCCCACCCGCCUCAGCUGAUGGGAGACCGGGAAAGGGGCGGGCUCAUCACCUACUGGCAGACGGUCCCGUGGUCCAAGUAUCCCGAGCCGCUGUUGGCCAACGUCACGCUGUCCUGGAACAAAAGUCUGGAGGUGGUGGACGACCUGGUGGUCAGCUUCGAAUACGGGCGCCCCACCAGCAUGGUGCUGGACAAGUCCACGGACAAAGGGCUGACGUGGCGGCCCUACCAGUUCUACGCCGACGACUGCAUGGAGACGUUCGGCAUGCCGCCCAAGCGAGUGUCCGACUUGGCGCCCAGCAACGUGACCAGGGUCAUCUGCACCGAGCGGUACUCCGGAUGGCUGGGCGCCAAGGAGGAGAAGACGGUGGUGUUUGAGGUGGGAGCCCGCUUGCGAGCGCUGGCGGGCCCGAAGCUCCUGGACACGGACGCCUUGUUCACGCGGCUGCAGAGCAGCAAAGCUCUGCGGGACUUCUUUACCUUCACCGACCUUCGCCUCCGACUGCUGCGACCGGCCCUGGGCGGGACCUACGUCCAGAGAGACAACCUGCUCAAGUACUUCUACGCCAUAUCCAACAUCGACGUCCCCGCCAGGUGUCAAUGUAACCUGCACGCGUCGGCGUGCGGGUUGCGGGACGCCACCUUGACGUGCGACUGUCAGCACAACACCAGCGGGCAGGACUGCCAACGCUGCGGCGCCGGCUUCCGGUCCCGCAAAUGGAUGGCGGGCAGCUUUCUGCCCCUUCCCGGCGGGACUGCCAAUGCGUGUGAAGCAGCAGAAAUGAGCGCGGCCGAUGACUCUGACAGAAGUUCUGCUUCAACGCGUGGAAUCACUGACACUGACUCGACUUCCACCGUCGAGCCUUUUUCCCUUUCUCCUUUUGCCACUUUGGGUUCUUCUCCCGACAGCAAGAGCGGCGCUCGCACUAUUUCCACACCUGUGACGACGGCUUCCUCGGGCGAUAGGACUUUUUCGACGGACGCUUCUACUAGCUUCACGACUUUUACGGACACUUCUACUGACACGACUCCCGCUUUUGCCACGACGACGACGACUCGGACGGAAACAUCCGAUAGCUCGUCUCCUUCCUGGGGUGGUUCUGGGACGGCGGGCGCCGUUGGCGUUUCCGGCUCCGACGGCUCCACGACUUACACUUUGACGACAGACGCUUCGGCACCCGACGCUGUGACGAUUGCACCAGAGGACAAAGGCGUGAGGUCUUCAGCUGUUCCAAAGCGGCAAAGCGCUGACUCGGCAUCAGCGGAAGGCCCCCCGCCGGUUCCCGCUGUCGACAACUCCCUCGGUCAGCGUUUGGACCUCGGCGCUCCGACGGUGCCCGGCGGCGCUAGGGAGACCUCAGACGUCGGCGCUAACGCUCAGGUGUCUGUGAAUCCGCCCCCUGACAGCACAGACUUUGACCUCUGGUGGCCGACAUCCGGUGGCAGCUCCUCCCCUCGGAGCUCAAGUUCCCGGUCGUCGGACGCGAUGGCUCUCGACGGCACGGUCCCCUCUGGAGAUGCUCCGCCUCCUCCGACGUCUUUCCUCGCCAAAGAUCCCGAUUUGACGACGGGAAGGUCUAACCGACCUCUCGCCGUAGGAUCUCCCCCCGAUGGCCCGCUCCCCAGCCCGGCGUCCGACAAUCUUCUCCCUGAUUUUUCUCUUGAGAAAGUAGCACUGCCUCCCUAUGGACUCGCUCCUGGCAGAACGUCCGAUCGGCCGUCCACGGAUGCAGCGCCUCUGGCGAAAAUCCUUCCCGACGGCUUACCUCCGGACGCGACUUUUGCCCGAGAAGCUCCUGCGGACGGACCGCCGACUGACGGGACAACGCAGGCCGACAGACUCGGCCCAAAGUCACUUCCUGAUGCAACUUCUUCCGACGGACUUCCUCCUGACGGCGGCGCUCCUAAAUUACUUCCUCCUUCUUCUGCUGCUGCUGCUGCUCCUCCUACAGAAGUCGGCGAGAUCGCACAGGACAAAGAGUCAACGGCAUCAGAUUGGUCAGAGCCUGCCGGGGACUUGGCCCCAGUGGACUUCACCUUCCCUUUUCCAGAUCAGGAUCCCACCGGGCUAGGAAGAGAAGUCUUGGGUCUGGAUUCUGUUGAUCCAAGUUCCAAUUUGGAUUUUGGAUUGGAUUCAGUGAACCGGGAUUCCACUGGACCUGGAACUCCUUCUGGAACAGAAGAUUCAAGUCCAUUAAGUCUCAAUUCUGGAUUGGAUUUAAGCGCUCAGGAUUCCAGUCCUCCUGGAACAGAAGAUUGGAGUCCAGAUUUUGGAUCGGUUUCAGUAGCUCAAGACUCAGCUGGCCCCGAAGAUCUAAAUCCUGAAUCUGGAUUAGAUUUAACUGAGCAGGAUUCCACUGGACCUGGACCAGAAGAUCGUGCUUCUGGAUCGGAUUCAACAGAUCCGGACUCCACUGGUCCUAGAACAGAAGAUCCCAAACGAGAUUCUGCAAUGAAUUUAAUUGAUCAGGAUUCGAUUGGUCCUAUAACACCUCCUGAGGCAGAAAGUUCCAAUCCGGAAUGGGUCGAGCGUCGUUUGGAUUCCCAAACAGGCCGGACGAGUCCUCGGGAACCUGAACCGGAGUCUUUGGAUUCCAACCCCAAAAUUCCCGAGCGGACGUCCCGACCCGGUUCUCCUGAUCGAGUCGACGAACCGAGACGGGAUGCUUCUGCCGCGAUGGAGAAAGAGGAUCGAGAGGCUGACGCCAGGAGGAAAGAGGGCCAAAGCAAUCAAAAAGCUGCCGAGUCCAAAGAAGAAGGGCUGAAGCAACCUGAGAAGAAACAGAUGGAAGAAGAGAAUGCGCGGACGGCAUUGAAAGAAGAGCAAAAAGAGGAAAAAGGCUAUGAGAGAAAAGCAACUCAGAAGAUUUUGAUUCCCGGCAGUGGGACGAGCAGCCAGCUCUCCAAAAUCGCCUAUGUCACUUUCCAGGAGUGCGAGUGCAACAGCCACUCCAACCGCUGCAGCUUCAUGGACUUCCUGAACGUGGUGACGUGCGUCAGCUGCAAACACAACACCAGGGGACAUCGCUGCCAACACUGCCGUCUCGGUUACUACAGGAACGACACCCUGCCGCUCCAUCACCAGGACGUUUGCGAGGCGUGCGAGUGCAACGAAACCGGCAGCCGCUCUCGGCACUGCGGCGCCUCGGGGGAGUGCCAGUGCAAGGAGGGCGCCGCUGGGAGGCGCUGCGACCAAUGUCUGCCCGGAUACACGAGGAGAAGCAGCGGGGCCGGCUGCACAGUCAUUGUGUGCCACGAGGCUCGCCCCUGUCUCAACGGCGGCACAUGCGUGGACUUCCAGCGCUGCCAGUGUGCCGACGGCUUUACAGGCGUUUACUGUGAGCGGCGCGCGUGUCUGAAGAAGAGCGGUUGCCUUGACGACGCAAGCGCCGCUUCGCCGCUGAUGACUUCGCAACUCCGCCUCCCAUUCAUCUUCAGCCUGAUCGCCGCUGCCGCCUUUUGAAACCAUCAAAUCGAGGAAAGGCUCGGCGACGUCAUCAUCCGGCGACGCACGCGACGUCACCAAGCCUCUGUGCCGAGAACAUUUGAUUGAAAGGACUGCUAUCAUCUCGGAAAGCAAUGUUUGCAAAAGAUUACACGCAGCCCUGGUAGGGAAACGCUGCAUAUUUCGCUUUUCACUAUUACAUUUGUUGACCAAACCCAAGAGUAUGCCAAUAAAAUGACCUAUUUA